AGCAGUCGCAGCGGAGGACGGGACGCGGCGGACGGAGCGGCGCUGUACUGCGGAUUUAUCGGGACAAACGGCGGCGAUCGGAAGGCGUCUCUCCUGCUGCGGCGCGGCCAGCCUGCUCACAACGUGUCAGCAUGUCCAGCGAAGUUCAGCCGAGGCCGGACGACAGUCCCAACACCAGCGGGGGGAGCUCGGACGCCGAGCAGAGGGAGGCGGCCCCCCAGGAGCAGCCGGGCCCCGAGCAGCGGGACCAGACCCAGCCCAAGAAGAAGGAGGCCAAGAUCUCCAGCAAGACCGCCGCCAAGCUCUCCACCAGCGCCAAGAGGAUCCAGAAGGAGCUGGCAGAGAUCACCCUGGACCCUCCACCCAACUGCAGCGCCGGUCCUAAAGGAGACAACAUCUACGAGUGGAGGUCCACCAUCCUGGGCCCUCCGGGGUCCGUCUACGAGGGAGGGGUCUUCUUCCUGGACAUCGCCUUCACUCCAGACUACCCCUUCAAACCCCCCAAGGUGACGUUUCGUACCAGGAUCUACCACUGCAACAUCAACAGUCAGGGUGUGAUCUGUCUGGACAUCCUGAAGGACAACUGGAGUCCUGCUCUGACCAUCUCCAAGGUCCUCCUGUCCAUCUGCUCCCUGCUGACUGACUGCAACCCCGCGGAUCCUCUGGUGGGGAGCAUCGCCACACAGUACCUGACCAACAGAGCGGAGCACGACAGGAUAGCCAAACAGUGGACCAAACGCUACGCCACAUAGAGCGGCUCCCCGACACGUCCCGCCACACACACACACGCACACACACACACACCACACACACACCUCCCUCUGGAAUCUAUGGAAGCACACCCGCCCGGCCCCCCUCCCCCACCCCGGUCAUCCCCCCCUCCCCCCUCUUCCAGAUAUGAACUGUUAUUUGUUCCAUGCUGACUUGAAAAGCUUCUUUUUUAUACAAAGAGUCUAUUGGGAUUGUAUUUUCCAAUACACUGAAUGUUGAUAUGGUCAUGAAAAGCUUUAAUACUGUUCUUGUUCUCGUCGACGUUGUUGCUCUUGACUGUUUCCGCAUUGUCGAUAACAUCCGCCGCCACCUCCGUUAGCUAAACGCGUGCGUGUAAUUAUGAUAAUGAUAUUAAUAUUCCUGUUUUUAUGUGAUGUAAAAAGUUUUUCAAGAGAGCGAGUGUGUUGUUUUGGUUUGGUUUUUCUAAUUCCCGGCUCACGGGUGAUCCUAGUGCAUGGCGUCCAGGUUUGUUCAUGCGGCGUUCCGGGCGGCCGCCUGUCCCCGUCCCGCCGCGGCGCAGCGGGUUCAUGUCUUCAACGCCGUCCUGGACGCUCAGAUGGCGUCCCAGCUGCUGACAUUAGUGUGGAAGAAAUGGCAAAAAAGCAGCUAGCUAAUUUGCCAGUGGCUAUGCUAACAGCUAACUCACUCCAGGGGCUAAGCUAACAGCUGACUGAUGCUGGUGGCUAAGCUAACAGCUAACUGACGCCGGUGGCUAUGCUAACAGCCGACUGACGCCAGUGGCUAAUCUAACAGCUAACUGACGCAGGUGGCUAAGCUAACAGCUAACUGACGCCGGUAGCUAUGCUAACAGCCGACUGAAGCCAGUGGUUAAGCCAAUAGCUAACUGAUGCCAGUGGCUAACAUAGCAGCUAACUGGCACUGGUAGCUGAGCUAACAGCUGUUUGACACCGGUGGCAGAGCUAACAGUCAACUGAUGCCAGUGGCUAAGCUAAUAGCUAACUGACGCCAGUGGCUAAGCCAACAGCUAACUGACGCCGGUGGCUAUGCUAACAGCUGACUCCAGGGGCUAAGCUAACAGCUGACUCAUUUCAAUGGCUAAGCUAACAGCCAACUCACCCCAGUGGCUAAGCCAACAGCCGACUGACGCUGGUGGCCAAGCUAACAGCUAACUGAUGCCAGUUAACUAGCUAGCUGGCUCGCAGAUGCGUUCAUGUUCCAACAUCACUGGAGGACGUUUUAACUUCUGGACGGUGGAAGACAUUAAAACGCGGUGCGUCCAGGACAGAAGGGGACAGGCGGUCUCUGUAGCGCCAUUAUUUCUGCCCCCACCCCCUCAAAAAAGGAAGAACCCCACUGCCCCCCCGCCUCGCCCGUCCGCCCGCAGGCAGAGUUGUGGCAUGGAAGUGAACCUUCUCACCAUCAUCACGUCUGACACUAGUGGUUAGUUUGCUGUACAUUUUAAUGCCUUGUGAGAAAACAUACUCAUCAAUACUCUGAUUAAACUCUGGCUGUAAUGUGA